UUGAUUUGAAUAUCAUUCCACCAACGGACACGGUUCAGUUCGUUUAGAUAGGGGGUUCAUCGGUAAAGAUAAAACAGCUGUGAACCGUUGUGAACCUAGGACUCGCCAGGAGUCGCCGGACGUGAGCUACGCAAGGAUACAAUACACAGCCGUACCCGUACGAUCUCCAGUGAGAGAAGAAGAUACGCUUACCUCGCGAUACUAGCCGUGGCAUGAUGGUAGCUUUCCGCCGCACUCACCUGACCGCCCUGGUGGUGGUGUGCUGUGCCGUCCUUGUGCCUGUCCGCACUGCCUCGACCAGCCUGGCGAAGCGUGAGGCACCGCUUCCGCCGAGCGGCAGCUAUCUGCCACCGUCGGGCGGUGCCGGCGGCUACCCGGCAGCGCAGACGCCGUCCUCGAGCUACGGAGCCCCGACCGGCGGUGCUGGAAGCUGGGGCGGUAACGGCGGUAAUGGAGGGCGCGGUCACUCGAACGGCGGCGGUUCGUCGUUCGGUGGUUCGGCCCCGUCGGCUCCUUCCCAGUCGUACGGUGCGCCUAGCUUCGGUGGCCAAAGCACGGGCGGGUUCGGUGGACACAGCUCGGGCGGUUUCGGUGGACACAGCUCGGGUGGACACGGUGGCAACGGAAACGGCAACGGCAACGGAUACUCGAGCGGACGCCCAUCGAGCCAGUACGGACCACCGCAGCAGCAGCAGCAGCCUCAACAGCAGCAGCAGUCGUUCCGUCCGCCAUCGACCAGCUACGGAGUGCCGGCCGCUCCUUCCCAGUCGUACGGUGCCCCGGCCCAGCAGCACAGCAACGGAGGCAACGGUGGAUACUCGAGCGGCCGUCCCUCGACGCAGUACGGUGCUCCGGCCCAGUCGAACGGAAACGGUUUCGGCAAUGGUCGCCCGUCGUCCAGCUACGGUGCUCCGGCCCGUCCCUCGACCCAGUACGGUGCUCCGUCGGCCGGCAACGGUAACGGAUACGCUGGCAAUGGCAAUGGACGCAGCUACAGCAAUGGCAACGGCAACGGACAUGGAAACGGUCACAGCAAUGGCAACGGCAAUAAUGGCUACUCCCGUGGCCCGGCUCGUCAACCGUCGCAGCAGUACGGACCGCCGGCUCAGGCUCCUUCCAGCCAGUACGGACCGCCGGCUCAGGCUCCUUCGAGCCAGUAUGGUGCUCCUGCCCAGACCCCGUCCAGCCAGUACGGAGCCCCUGCCCAGACCCCCUCAAGCCAGUACGGAGCCCCUGCCCAGACCCCCUCAAGCCAGUACGGUGCUCCAGCGCCAUCUCGCCCCUCCCAGCAAUAUGGAGCCCCUGCCCCAUCUCGACCAUCCCAGCAGUACGGUGCCCCUGCCCAGACUCCGUCCUCUCAGUAUGGUGCCCCUGCUCAGACUCCUUCUAGCCAAUACGGUGCCCCUGCCCAGACCCCAUCCUCCCAGUACGGUGCCCCUGCCCAGACUCCGUCGAGCCAGUACGGUGCCCCGGCUCAGCAGCCCUCCAGCCAGUACGGAGCCCCUGCUCCGUCGCGUCCUUCCCAGCAGUACGGUGCCCCGGCUCAGCAGCCCUCCGCCCAGUACGGAGCUCCCGCCCAGACCCCGUCCAGCCAGUACGGAGCUCCCGCUCCAUCGCGUCCCUCGCAGCAGUACGGAGCGCCCGCUCAGGCUCCUUCCAGCCAGUACGGAGCUCCCGCCCAAACCCCAUCCUCCCAGUACGGCGCUCCCGCUCAGCAGCCAUCCAGCCAGUACGGUGCGCCCGCCCAGGCCCCAUCCUCGCAGUACGGUGCGCCGAGCUUCGGCCCGACCGGUGGUGCCUCGUUCAGCAGCGGCAACGGUAACGUCGGUGGCAGCUACCAGGUAAGCUCGACCGGCAACGGCUUCUCGCAGGCCUCCUUCUCGGCCAGCAGCUUCUCGCCGAACGGGCGCACGUCCCUGUCGGCCGGUGGCUUCAGCUCCGGCGCCCCAUCGGCCCAGUCGGCCGGCGGAUACAGCUCCGGCGGUCCGUCGCAGGUUCCCGCCACGCUGCCCCAGUCGUACUCGUCCAACGGAGGUUACAACUACUAG